UGGAAGAAUGGAUUAAUCAAUUAAGGUUUACGUAUCCGACGUUUCCUGAACAAUCUCAAAAAUCGCAUACAAAAGAAUUUUUAGAGUAUAUGAAUAUCAAGAGAGAAGAUUUGAAUUUUACUCCUAAAGAAUGUGGACUGCCUGAAGACGGUAGUUAUAUACUACUGAAAGUACUAGUGGAUGAGUUCAUUUUCUAAAGUCGGACGAGUUCAUUCUCUAAGACUCCUGUAACGCCACAACAUAUGCCUUCUAUACUAUCAGAAUGGGAAAAAAUUGAAAUGGGAUUUACAGAUAGCUGGAGUCUACAUAACUGUAUAGACCUGAAGCUUUAGACUGUCAACUUGAAAAUGAAAUGCUUUCAAAAAAGCACUUAGUUAUUCCACCUGGAGUUGAUCUUUUAACUUUAAGAUUGCAAAAACAGAAACUAGAAAUGAAAAUGGCAACAGAUAAUUUAUACUAUAAGAAUAUGAUUGGUGAUAUAAAUUACUUAUCAAAAAAAUCAUCCCAAAAAUCAUCUCAGCUAACACAGACUUCAAGCGAUACUGUAAAAGCUCCAGAUAUUUUAAUAACAGUGCAGAUGUUUCGUCCAGUUUCACAAAUCCAUUCUUCAGGACAAAGGAGAAUGUCUCCAUUUGUUCUGGAUCAACAAGUGAAAGUAUUAGGUUGUCAGAAAUUGACAGAGCUCAGAGACUCCAUCAAUUGUGUUUCUGACCUUACAGUAAUUGGUGAUUUUAGUGAAAAUCCAGAUUUUCCUCAAUCAACUAGAGCAAAGGAUAUAUACAAAUCUGGUUUCUUCUUUUUUAAUAAUACUUUUUAUAUUGAUAUGAGAAAUGAAAAUAAUAGGGAUUAUAGUGAUGUGAUUGAAAAGUGGGCACAAGACCCUAGCAGAGGAAUUGGUCCAUUUCAGAAGAAGGUAAUGGAGGAUACAAAUUUCAUUGAUCUUGAUAUACAGUUAGGUUAUCCAUAUGUAUAUCUUCAUCAAGGAUACUGUGAACAUUUAAUUGUUUUUAAAGAUAUCAGAUUAAUUCAUCCAGAUGAUAGCCAUUUAAUAAAUCAUUAUCCCAUGUAUGAAGAAACACAUUCAAAAAAGUCACUUCACUGCAUGAUUUGUGAAAAUCGAAUAGUGAGAUGGAUAACCUAUAAUAACACAAGACUCCCUUAUGAUCCUUUCUUUUUCUGCAAUGCUUGUUUUCGUUCUUUCAACUAUACUGUUGAUGGGCAGAAAAUUGGUGAAUUUCAGGCCUAUCCAUAUUAUGAUCGAACUGCUGUUGUGUGAAAACAGAAAAAUGUAACCAUUUUAAUAUAAGGAUAAUAGCUUUAGUUUAACGUAAGUUUUUUGUAAGUUAAUAAAGUUUAUAUUUUUCUCAAUCAUUCAUUAUUAGUUUUAUUCUACAAAUGAUGAUGAUGAUAAUGAACAUAUUCCUUUCAAUUGUGUAAUAUGAAAUAAAUUGGUUAUAUCAAAAAUGAGUUUAAAUUAGUAAUUUAUUAGACUUUUUAACUGGAAUGCAAAUGCCCUAUUUAAUUGCAUAAUAAAAUGAUUAUUGGUCUUUUCCAGUGGCGUGCCAU